AUGGAUAAUCCACUAACCUCUGCGGAGGUCUUUCAACUCAACUCCGUCUCUGGUGGGUUGAGACCGGGAACCAUUUCCUUCAAGACACUGACGCUGCAGAGCGACAAGUACGUUUGCAUCCGCGAUGUGCAACCUGAUGGUCAAACCUCUCUUGUUAUCGUGGAUCUCGGGAAGCGGGAGAGCAUGCGCAACAGUAUACGUGAUGCGGAGUCAGCCAUCAUGAAUCCUAUGGCAAAGAUUCUUGCACUCCGCAGCGGCCGCAACUUGCAGAUAUUCGACGUGGACGCGGCUAAUCGUCUCAAGGUGGUUGUGUUCAACGAGGACGUGGUCUAUUGGUGUUGGAUUGAUGCUCGCACUGUAGGUAUCGUCUCUAAUACCGCAGUGUAUCACUGGAGUCUGGACACAGCUGCCGAUGCUCCACCGCAGUUGGUCUUCUCGCGGGCCCCUGAGUUUGACGCCUCGUUUCAGGUUCUUAGUUACCAGACAGAUGAGCAGAAGAAGUGGUUGAUGCUUUGUGGUGUUAUGCGAACUGCCGAGGGUAUGGUGGGGAAAACACAACUCUUCAGCGUCGAAAACAAUAGUGGCCGUGUGCUUGACGGUCACAGUGGAACAUUCAUUUCCACCAACACCCCGACAGACCCACGCUCAUGCAAUUUGAUGUGCCUCGCUUGGAACAACCCCUCCACAGGUGGGAAAAUUUUGAUCAUGGAGCUUCCUACAGGAUCCAAAACGGAUCUCACAGUUCAGCGCCGUAUGAUCGAUGUCCCCUUUGCUCAGGGUGACUUUCCCGUUGCGACACACGUCUCACCACGACACAAACUCCUCACCGUUGUGACAAGCCGUGGUAGCGUGGUGCUUAUGGACCUCUUCACUGGAGUGGUCAUUAAGACUCACCAACUUCCGAACAAUACCAUUUUCUGCGGGACACCCUACACGAAGACUGGUGGUAUCCUGUGCGUGAACAACGCGGGCUCCGUGUUCCACGUGUCUCCAAACGACAAUACGAUCGUUCCCUUUGUGAAAAACCAAUUGCAAAAUGCUGAUCUGGCCCUUCGCAUUGCCGGCUCUGCUAACCUGGGAGGUGUGGAUGACCUGUACAGGGUUCAGCUGGAUAACCAGCUUCGUGCUGGGAACAUAGAGGAGGCGGUGCGCACAUGCCUACGUGCACCAAACAACGCCUUGCGUGGUCCCGAUAUUCUUUCUCGCUUCCAACUUAUGCCGCCGAUUCCGGGGCAGCAGCCCGCAAUCUCCACCUACUUUAAGGUGGCAGUUGCCGAAACCACUCUUAACGCGCAUGAGUCAGCAGAACUUGCCCGUGCCGUUAUACCGAAGGGUGGUGUCGACUACGUGAAGCAACAGUAUGCUGCUGACAAACUAACCGCCUCCGAGGAACUUGGUGAUCUUAUGUCAGCGGCGGACCCAGAGCUUGCCAUCAAAAUCUACCACAAGGCGGAGGCACACGCAAAGGUUGUUGGUGUCCUCCUUCAACGCAACGAGACACAGAAGGCUGUUGAGUACUGCAAACGCGCUGGGUUCACCCCCAACUGGCGCGUCAUCUUGAACAACGCAAUACACGUCAACCCGCAAGGUGCCGUGGGCCUCGCGCAAGUAUUGCACCGUGACAUGGGUGACGCGCCUGUCGUUGACCCCAUCGAAGUUGUGGAUAUGUUCGUGACCGCUCAGCACAUCCAGCAAGCAACCGAGUUCGUUCUGGAAGUCCUUCGUGAUAACACUGGAGAGAAUACAAAGGAUCUCCAAACGAAGCUUCUAGAGAUUAACCUGAAGCAUUCCCAUCCGUCGGUUGCGGAGAAGAUCUUUGCUCGCGGUGUGUGUGUUCACUUUGAUGCCAUGUUGCUGGCGCCCCUCUGUGAACGCGCUUCCCUUCCGCAGCGCGCUAUUGAGUGCUAUGUAAUGGCCCAGAGGAUGGACCCGGGCAUUGACAACCUUGCUAACAUUCGUCGUUGCUUUUCUAAUGCCCAAGUGCUCAGCCCUGAUUGGGUUAUCGAGUUCUUCGGCAAACUGAGCCCAGGAGACAGCAUGAAGUGCCUAGAGGACCUUCUUGCUAACCAUCACCAGAACUUCAAAAUCAUUGUGCAGGUUGCAACAAAGUACAAUGAAGCGCUCGGUGCGGACAAACUAAUUAACGUGUUCCUCGAGCGGAAACUGUUUGAUAUUCUGUAUUAUUACCUUGGCGCUGUGGUACCGUACACUCGUGAUCCAGAGGUGCACUUCCGCUAUAUUGAGGCAGCGGCUGAAGUUGGGCAGGUGCAGGAACUCGAGCGCAUGACACGUGAGAGCCCGUGUUAUGACCCUGAGCGCACGAAGAACUACCUGAAGAACAAGAAAAUGACAAACCUUUGGCCCCUUAUCAACGUCUGUGACCAGCACAAUUUUGUUGAUGAACUGAUUCGUUAUCUGAUUGACACAAACAAUGAAGCUCUUAUUGAGCAGUACGUGCAGCGCCGCAACCCGCUGAAAACACCCGCGGUAGUCGGUGCGCUUAUUGACUGUAACGUGCAAGAGGACUUCAUUAAGAACAUCCUAAACUCAGUGGGUACAAUGUGCCCGAUUGCAGAACUUGUCGAUGUCGCUGAAGAGCGCAGUCGGCUUCGCCUCAUUGGACCCUGGUUGGAAGCCCGACUUGCGGAAAAAAAGACGGAUACCGCCCUUCAUAAUGCUAUUGCAAAACUCUUGGUCAUCAGUGGUAACUUACCCGAGAAGUUCAUUGAGGAGAACGACUACUACGAUCCAGUGGUCAUGGGUAAGUACUGCGAGGAUCGCGACCCCAACCUGUCCUAUUUGGUUUAUCGCAAGGCUAAGAUGAGCACCGAACUGGUUGAGAUCACAUCGAAGAAUGGCAUGUGGAAGCAACUUGCUCGCUACCUUGUAAAACAACAGGACCCUGCACUUUGGGCGUCUGUGCUCACGGAAAGCUCGAUCAACCGAGACCGCCUCGUUGAGGCGGUUCAACAAACUGCACUUCCCGAGUCUGAGGUAACGGAGGAGGUGAGCACCACUGUGAAGGCGUUUAUGGAUGCGGAGCUGACGGAGGAACUGACCUCUAUACUAGAUCAGAUCGUCGUCCGUGGCCGCUUUAGGAAAAACCGCUAUUUGGAGAAUCUCCUUAUUAUGUCCGCUGUCCGCGCAUCCAAGGCAAAGGUUAUGGAGUAUGUAACCACUCUUGACAGCUACGAUGCGAAGGAAAUCGCUGGCAUCGCUACCGCAGCAGAGCUGCACGAGGAAGCGAUGACCGUUUAUGACAAGUUUGAAAUGAGGAUGGAGGCUGCCACCGUUUUACUCCGCGAUUUGAAGGACCUUCCUCGUGGUCGGUUGUACGCUCAGAGGUGCAACCUACCUGCUGUAUGGACAGUUUUGGGAGAAUACCUCCUCGCCGCCGGUGAGGUGCGUGAAGCCAUUGAGGUCCUCAUUCGCGCGAAGAAUCCCAACUACGUUGAUGCUGUCACUGCUGCAGCGGAGCGCAGUAACCAAUUCGGGGACCUCGUCAAGUAUCUCAACAUGGCACGCCAGGAGUCCACUUCGAACGACAAUAAGAUUGAGUCGGUUUUGUUGCUAACGUACGCCAGAACUGGACGCCUGUCAGAAUUGGAAGAGUUGCUGCAAAACACGCACAAUGUACAGAUUCAACCUGUGGCUGACAAGUGCUUUGAAGAUGGGUACUAUGAUUCAGCGCGUCUGCUCUACUCCAUGAGCAUGAACUUCCAUAAAUUGGCCCUUACGCUUGUGCGCAUGAACAACCUUGCUGAGGCUGUGGACGCUGCGCAGAAGGCCCAGUCCCGCAGCACAUGGGAUGCGGUUAACCAUGCCUGUAUUGAGGCCAACGAUGUAAGGCUUGCUGCUAUUUGCGCGGUUCCCCUCGUUCUACAGGUGGAAUCUCUGCAAGAUGUCGUGAACCGGUACGAGGCAUACGGUCUUUAUGAUGAACUGUUCGCUGUUCUCAAGAGUGCCUCAACUAACUCUGGCGCGCACAUGGGCAUUUUCACUGAAAUGGGACUACAGCUUGCCAAGUAUAAACCCGAGAAACUCUUGGAGCACGUGCACAUGUACUCAAAGAAGAUUAACGCACACAAGUUGAUCUCCGUUUGCGAGGAAUACCACCACUGGUUGGCCCUGCGUGUGCUCCACGUCGGCAACGAGGACUGGUUGGCUGCGGCGAAGACGAUGAUGUGUCAUUUUGCUGAUGCCUUCGAUCAUGAUGUGUUCAAGGACGUUGCAAGCCAUCUGGGUGCUAGCGAUUUUGUAUAUAACGCGAUUUCGUUCUACGUCAAUACGUGCCCUCAAAACCUGUGCGACUUUCUGACGAGCAUGUUCAAGGUGCUUGACCCCGACCGUGUGCUCCGUGAGGUGAAAAAUGUUGCCCCGAUUCACCUGAUUCUGCCAUACCUCGAAUCCGCACAACCGCGCAACUCCCGGUUGAUCAACGAUGCUCUGAACGAUCUGUACGUGGAGGAAGAAAAUUUUGUGGCCUUACGUAACUCUGUAGAGAACUACAACAACUUCGACUCUGUGGAGUUGAGCGCACGGCUGGAGAAGAUGGAGUUGUUUGAGUUCCGCAAGAUUGCUCUCUUCCUCCACCGCCGUCACAAGGCCUUUGACCACGCCCUUGCGGUGGCCAAGGAGAAUAAGCUCUUCCAGGAGGCCAUUGACACGGCUGUCGAAAGCGCCGAUCCAAAGGUUGUGGAGGAGCUUCUUGACUUCUUUGCAGUUGAACGACCAGAUUCAUUCGUUUCCUGCCUUUACGCCUGCUAUGACUACUUGUCUCCGGACGUGGUUCUUGAGAAGGCUUGGCUAAACAACCGUAUCAAUAUUGCCAUGCCGUACCUCAUUCAGGCCAUCCACGACUUCACUCAGCGGGUAUCACGCUUGGAAAAGGGCGCUAACGACGGCAUGCAGCCAUCAAAAGAUGGAUCUCGUCGUGGUGGUGUUCCUGGGUAUGCGGGUGGUAAUGACCCACUGAUGAUUCAGGCAGGCCCAGCACAGCCCAUGGGAGUUCCGAUGCAUAAUGUGAACAUCCACCCGCAACCGGGCUACGGUGGCGUGCCCGGUCAGGGAUAUGCUGGAGGGAUGGGAAACCCUAACAUGAUGCCAUACUGA